AUGCCGGGGGGCGCCCGCCUGUGGCUGUGCGCUGCCGUGCUGGGCUGCCUGGCGGCGGCGAAGCCCCUCCGGAGAGUUCUUGAAUGCCAUCCUGGUGGACAUCAGAUUCUGCAGAGCCCUUACCGAAGUGUAGAUUUUGAUUCAUCCCACCUCCAGCAGUCAGCUAUUCAGGAUUUAAUAUGUGACCAUUCCCUAGCACCAGGAUGGUAUCGCUUUAUGAUUUUUGAUAAGCCUGCUGAGAUGCCAACCAAGUGUGUGGAGAUGAAUCACUGUGGUACUCAAGCCCCUGUCUGGUUGUCUCUGAAGGAGUCAGAAUCCAUGCCUCGACCUGGUGAGAUCAAGCAGCUCACAGCCUGUGCAACAUGGAAAUUUUUCUUCAGCAUGUCCAAAGACUGCUGCCUUUUUCGAAUCCCUGUCAGUGUGAGGAACUGUGGAGAUUUCUUUGUUUACUUACUACAACCCACACAAGGAUGCAUGGGUUAUUGUGCAGAAGGUGAGGUGGCUCCUUCAACGUCUCCAUCUGUGUCACCACCACUACCAGCCAUUCCUGAGGUUGCAGCAGAGUUGAUCAAAGGGAGUAUUUACCUAAGGUGUACCUUUGGCAUUCCUUUUGCAAACAGCUCAGUUGGAUUCAUUGUGACUUGGUCAAGACUUUCUCCUGAAGGCAUCAAAGAAGAACUGAAACAUGAGAGAACAGUUCAUACGUUCUCACUCUUAGAGUUAGAUGGGACAAGCAUCAGACUUGGAGAAAGAGUCUACUGUAGCAGUUCUGCUUUCUUCAUGGAGAAGCCAAGCAUACAUAGCAGUCCAGUUGAGAGCAAGGAAUUUUUUGCUGGCAUUAAGAUACUUCCAGAAGCGUAUGAUAUAUCAGAAGAUGGCAAGGAAUACAGACUGUCAAUAGAAAGCAGAAUCCCUGUUCCUUGUCCCAAAUUUAACCAGGUUGAAAGUGACUGCAGAAUAUCACUAAGAUUGAAUACUGUUGAUGAAGGUAAAGAACAACUAGGUUUAAACUUGGCUCUUUCUUCUUGUCAUGUGGAUCUUCUCCAGAAACCCUGUAGAAAUGGAAUCUGUAGUCAAGCAAUAAUUUACUUCACUGCUGUGACAGACUUUAUGCAGGACGGAGACAGAAUUACCAGAAUUGCAGUCGAACCAAUAUCCAGUGAGAAUUUCCUGUGGAAUGGCUAUGUUCCAGAAAGCACAAAGAUUACUGUAAAGGAUCUACCGACUGCGUACUGCUACUCAUUUACUGACCCUCAUAUAAUAACGUUUGAUGGAAGACUCUAUGACAAUUUUAAAACAGGAACAUUUGUCCUCUAUAAGAGUACAGCUCGAGAUUUUGAAGUUCAUGUUCGCCAGUGGGAUUGUGGAAGUCUUCAAUAUCCAGCAUCCUGUAACUGUGGCUUUGUUGCCAAAGAAGGAAGUGAUAUAAUUGCAUAUGAUAUGUGCAAUAGUCAGCUACAUGAGUCACAGCCAUACUUAUCCAUAAUAAGUAGAGACACAACAGGAAGCAACGUCAGAAUCACUGAAUCCUACCUAGGAAGAAAAGUAACAGUUUUGUUUUCUUCUGGAGCUUUCAUUCGUGCUGAUGUGAGUGAAUGGGGAAUGAGCAUAACACUUAGGGCGCCCAGUUCAGAUUACAGAAACACAAUGGGGCUCUGUGGCACCUUCGAUGGAAGUGCAGAGAAUGACUAUCACACUGCCAAUGGUGUGGCAAUUCCAAACAAUUCUGAUGCUCUUCUUUUGUUUAUAAAGGAAUGGAGAAUUCCACCAGGAGGUAGCUUGUUUGACAAGACACCUUCUUCAUUACCAUCUUCUAGGAAAACAAACUUCUGUGACUGCACAUUUGAAGAUGUUGGGUUAGAUCCAUCAGUACGUAAACUAAAGGCAGUUUCUAAAUCAGAACUUCCCCUGUCUUGCAAAGACAGUGAAAAUGGUAGAUUUCUUUCUUUGAUACCUGGACUGGAUGUCACUGCUGAGUAUCUCAGCCCUAUUGAUCUUGUCAAAGGCUUAAACAAACAUUCAUCUGUACAUGAAAUGGAUUCCGCUGCACUUCUGGAAAAGGAAGAUAAUCAAACCAAACUUCACAAAUCAUCAUUAGUAAAGCCACAUGUCUCUGCAACCUCAAAAAUAAGUUCUGGUAUGGAAAAAGAAGGAUCUUCAAGCUCAGACAUUAAAAGAAUUUCUGAUGGCUACAGUAAUCAGAAAAGUCAAUCUGCUACAAAUAGAAGGAAGCGCCAAAGUUAUUACAAAUAUCAUCCAGUAUUUCUAUUCCAAAAUCUAAGCCAAAUGGAUUUAGAGGCAUAUAGGUACUUUUUCCCAGAGGACCACACCACUGACAAAGACAAGAAGUUUCUUCCUUCUUGGCCCACACCUUCUGGCCUCUCUGAGUCCAGUGCUCUGAGACUGUGCCAGCAGGCAAUAGCCAAUUCCAGUAUAGGAAGAGCUUGUGGUGGCCUUCUUGGUAGGAGAAUGGAAGAUGCAAUCAGUAUCUGUGUUAAAGAUUUACUGUUGAAAGAUGACCUCAGAUGGGCAGAAGCUUCAUUAGCGCUUUUAGAGAAUGAAUGUGAGAAGAGAGUUUUAGAAGAAAUAAGCUACAGUCAACAGGAACUUCAGGGGUUUGUUGAGAACCUGCUUACUGUACUGAAGUGUCCCAGUCUGUGCAGUGGUAAUGGAGAAUGUACAGAAUGGGGUUGUGCAUGCUUUCAAGGCUAUGGUUCAUACGACUGCAGUAUACUGUCUGACCAAGCUCCAGAAAUAAUAGAGCUGGAAAAUGCUGGGCUAUGUGAUAUUCGUCAGUAUGACUGCACAUCAGUGAGAGUUUUUGGACAUGGCUUCAGAGAGUCAUCGAAUCUGAAGUGUGAAAUUAUCAGAUUGCAAUAUACUGAUAACCAGUGGAUUCCUGGAGAGCCUCUAAUUAUGUCAGCUGCCUUCCAAAAUGUCAGGAGUGUCGACUGCCAGUUACCGAAUAACAGCCCACAAUCUGAUGUCAUGGAUCUGGUUGAUGAUAAACCCAUUGCCUUGUGGAAAAUAAAGAUUUCUAAUGAUGGAUUAAUUUACAGCAAUUCUAAAACAGUGAUAAUAUACGAUGGAGCCUGUCAGAUAUGUGAACUACAGGAAUCUGGAUUAUGUGCACUAAAGGAGAAAACAUGCAAUAUAGAUGGACUCUGUUACGGUGAAGGUGACAUGAAUCCAACCAGCCCUUGCUUACUCUGCAGACCCGACACAUCAAGGUUAAGUUGGUCAGUUGUUGAAAACAACCAGCCUCCUGUACUUGAAACUUUUCAGGGUAUGCUACAGACUUUUUAUGGAGAAGAUUUUGUAUAUCAGUUUUUGGCUUCAGAUCCAGAGGGCUCUGCUAUUCUUUUCACAUUGGAAUCUGGUCCUGAAGGUGCCAGUCUUUCCCCAUCAGGUCUCCUUUUGUGGAAAGCUGUGUCAAAGAAUCCCCAUAAAUUAACAUUUUCUUUGACAGAUGACUGCAAUGCGGAGACUAAGGUAGAAAUAGAGAUCAAAGUAAAUUCAUGUGAUUGCCUGAAUAAUGGCUCAUGUGUGACAAACAUUAAUUUCCCACCUGGAAGUGGGAGAUACCUUUGUGUAUGUGUGGCUGGAUUUGAAGGUGAUCUCUGUCAAGUGAAUACUGAUGACUGCAAACUCAACCAGUGUGGUACUGGCAAAUGUGUAGAUGGAAUAAACAGCUAUUACUGCGAAUGCCCACCUGAACUUCAAGGUGAAAAUUGUCAAGAUGAUAUAGAUGAAUGUGCAUCCAACCCUUGCUUCCCUGGAGUAUUUUGCUUCAAUACUUUUGGUUCUUACUAUUGUGGUUCAUGCCCAAAAAAUCUACAUGGAGAUGGGAAGUCAUGCUACGAAACCUUUGAUGACAUUUACGUUAAAAGAAAAGAUUUCAUAGGGGAAGCUGGAGAGAAUAAAGGUGAUUGUUUUGAACAGUCAUCAUUUGACAAGGUCUUGAGCUCUGUUCCCAGUUCUAUAGAUGUCCCCCGAAGAUUUAUUUCUAUAGAAAUGGACAAUACUAGUACUCCAUCACUCUCCAUAUCAAAAACAAUCACCACUGAGAAGUCAUGUGGUUCUCAGAGAAGUGCUUCUGUACAACCAGAUGCAUCUGAAAACAUUGCUCAUGCUGUUGGUAGCAGUAGUGGACGCCUUACUGACACAGAAGGGGCUUCUCCAGAAAACACAGUGAUUACAGCUUCUUCAAGGAGCCAUGCUGUAUCAGCUGAGAAGAAAACAAGGACACGAGUUGAGGCCUACAGUCAUUGGGAGACUGGCAAGAAGGCUUCUCUUAGCAGUUCAAUGAAUACAAGCAAAGGGCUUUCUUCAUCACACAAAAUAUUUAAAGGUGGAAAUGCUCACAGAGUUCAGCACUUGUUAGCCAAGCGUAGAAUGAAUCCUUUACUUUUUGCUCUUGUUGAAGUGACUAUCCCACCAGAAAUGCUUCCUGAAGAUUCAGAUGAAAUAGUACUUCCUAAAGCAAUAACCUGUGCUGAACUAUCUUGUUUUCCUGGAGUACCUUGUGAGCCAAGUCAGGAUGAUGGAGUCAAGUGUGGUCGUUGUCCCUAUGGUUACUAUGGAGAUGGCUUCAAUUGUAGAGCAAUAUGUAGACAAACAUGUGGCAAAAAUAUGGAGUGUGUGGAACCCAAUAUUUGCAAAUGCAAGCCUGGUUAUGCUGGUUAUAACUGCCAGACAGCACUAUGCAGACCUGAUUGUAAAAACCAUGGAAAAUGCAUUAAGCCCAAUGUCUGUGAAUGUCUACCAGGUUACAGCGGCUCCACUUGUGAAGAAGCACACUGUAAACCACCCUGUAAAAAUGGAGGCACAUGCUUGGCCAGAAAUCUCUGUACCUGCCCCUAUGGUUUUGUAGGACCAAGAUGUGAUACAAUGAUUUGCAACAGGCACUGUGAAAAUGGUGGUGAAUGUCUCCCUCCAGACAUCUGCCAGUGUAGAUCUGGAUGGUACGGACCAACGUGCAGUACAGCGAUGUGUGACCCUGUAUGUCUCAAUGGUGGCUCCUGUACUAAGCCAGGUGUAUGCCUCUGUCCACAUGGAUUUUAUGGAACCCAAUGUCAGAAUGCUGUCUGCAGGCCGCCUUGCAAGAAUGGUGGCCACUGUAUGAGAAACAACAUUUGUACUUGUCCUGAUGGUUAUACAGGCAGAAGAUGUGAAAAAAGUGUCUGUGAGCCAAGGUGCAUGAAUGGAGGAAGGUGUGUAGGGCCCAAUAUUUGCUCUUGUCCUUCAGGUUGGAGUGGAAAAAAAUGUAACACACCAGUCUGUCUUCAGGAAUGUAAGAAUGGUGGAGAGUGCAUUGGACCCAGUACGUGUCAUUGUCCUCCGCAGUGGGAAGGAAUCCAGUGUCAAACACCUGUGUGCAAUCAGAAGUGCCUGUUUGGAGGCAAGUGUGUGUCACCUAAUGUGUGCUCCUGCCGUCUUGGUUAUACUGGAGUCCUCUGUGGGAAGAAAGUUCAGGUACAAAGACAUCGUAAUUGAAGAAAGGAAGUAUAUCAAUUAAAUGCUGCAUGGAUCUGUGACACUUGAAAAUAGCAAGAAAUUUGAAGGCAUUCCCAGAUCUAAUUUAAAUGAGGAAAAUAUUCAGAGUAUUUAAAAAAAAAUCAUGUUAGUUGUGAAUUUUUGAAAAGCUUCAGUACAGCAAACUUGUAGUCAUUGUAACAUGUGUGUUUCUACAAUUCUCAGCUACCUCAGAGCCUCUGAAUCUUCACCAGAUGGAGAGAUCUCAUGCAUCAUGCAAACCCAGAAUUCCGCAGUCUGUUAAUGUAGUCAACUAUACUGUGUGUGAGCAAGAUUGCAAUAUCUGCUGAGCACCUCUAUGAAAGUAGAUGGCACACAAUCAUUUGGGAAUUGUACAUUCUGUUUUUAAACAUUGUUCAUAUAUGUAUUAUUUGGAAGCAUAUAGAAGGAAGAGCACAGGUUUUUUUGUUUGUUUGUUUCUUUUUAACUUUGUUUUCUUUUGUGUAGUAGUGAGGAAGGAGGGGCAGCCUAAAACAAGACUUCAGUAGUAGUGCAGGCAGGGCCAUAUGGCUCAUUAACAGUCAACCAGCAGCAGACUACUUCCAGUUUAUCUGUGGCAGGCCUUUGUAUCCAGCAGCCAGACUCUGACUCUUCUUCAUUAUUUACACUCACAUGUGUGCAUGUGAUUACAGAAUGACUGCUGUGUCUGUAAGACUCUUUCAUGCUCCUAUUUUGAAACAGCAUUUGGAAAGGUGAGAAAAUAAUGUUUCUUAGAGAAAUGUGACAGUGUUUGACCCAGAGAGAUCUUGUGCUGAACCUUAAAAUAAGAGCUGGUAACAGUGGGAGUUUGCUGCACAUCAUGACAUCUGUUUACAUCUUCUCAGAAAGUAUUUGCAAGCAAUCCAUAUGGGUGCUUUUUCCUUUACCUAUUGCUCCAACCAAUUGUUAUCACCAACCAGCAGCAAGACAGUUUUGGAACAAAUGAAAUUCCAGUUUAUUCUACGCUUCCUUCUUCCUUCUGCCUCUCCUUCAGCAAAUGAGUUCUGGUAAUAAAACUCCCUUUCAGCUCAGCAUGUGAAUUUACCAUUUGGGGCUGUGAGUUGUUUUUCUUACAAAAAAAAAAUAAACCUCAUUAUUUUUAAUCUCAUGAAUCAUAUCCCAUUUAAAUGCACUAAUUCUGAAUAGAAAGAAAAUCCUGUUCCUCUUGCUAUUUUCUGCCACUAUGGGACGCCAACUGCCACUCAUGGUUGUAAGAGCUCUCUGAGCUUACAUUUCUCACCUUUCCAUAGCCCUCUUAAUCCAUUCUGCAAAGUAAAUUAGCAUUUUCAGAGCUCAGCACCAUUUCAGAAUGAUAAUUUCUAAGUGCCUGGUGCGUAUUUCAAAAACGUUUUCAGUCUUCCACUUGCACUGUAAGUUUCAGUGGCUCCAUGGCUUUUAUUUUUAAUCCAGUGUCCAGGUGGCUGGGAACUGUUCUAUUAUUUAAAACCUGCUUCACUUGAACUGUUUCCUUUCUCACAGCUCACAAAGAUCUCUAUGAACAAAACCUGACUAGCUAUUGGAACUGAUGCCUCAAGCUGAAGACUUGAAUACACAGUAUUUUCUAAAUGUGGGCAUGCUGAUAUUGCAUAAGCUCAUUUUGUAACAGCUCCCACUCCAUGCAUCAUUUAGCUACAGAGGUGGUGCUCUCAACGAUGAGGUGCCAGGAACAGCGUUUUGGUUAACGGCUGUGCAACCUUCUGUUCACAAAACUGUACCAAUACAAAUGCCCUUCUAGGAUUUCAGGCUGAAUAAAGGGUUCUAAUUAAUAACUUCUAGUAUUUCCCACUGACUUUCCUUGUUGCUAAAGGCAGAAAUAACUUCUUUUACGUCUUCCAAAUGCAAGCUGAGUGAAGAAAAGCACAUCCAGACUUUUGCUACAUUAGUAAAAAGCUUGGUGCCAAUCUAUGCUGUGUUCCUUUAAGCACACAGAGCAGGAAAAUUACUAGUACAGGCGUAAGGACGCAUACUUCAAAAUUUCCCUGUUAUUACAGUCCGUUAUACAUGAAAUAGUAUUUACUGAAUGUAACUAGAAAGCAUAUUGAAACAAUGCAGUAAUGCUGCUCAGUUUUACAGAAACUUAGUCAGCAGAAGUUGCAUAGUUUACAUACACUGGUUUAAAAAAAAAAAAUAAAAUCUAAACUUACAUAGCACAGUCACAAGGUAGGCCAAAAAGAGUUUGGGGGCUUGGAAUGGGGGGAUGACAGGGUCUGCUGCAGGGUAACUAGUGCCAAGCUGAAAUCUCUUACGCUGAUUCUUAGCACAUUGGAAAGGCUGCAUUAAUAGGAAAAGGUUUUCAUGUAAGUAAAUCACUGUUAUAGUGUACAUACAAAGUUUUUCCAUCAGAUGAACAGCAUCAGAUGUCAGUUGGCAGAGAAAAUGUGGAGCAGCAGAAGGUAAACUGAGUCAAUAUGGCGUACAAGAAUAUUGUUCACUGAAUUUUGUUGCAUGAUUUCCUUAUAUACUGAAGGUAACUAUGUAUGUCUGCUAACUCUACCAAAAUUGCUCUGCAGGCAGGAGAAGUUCCUUUCCUAAUAGCACAUUAAACAUUGCCCAUGAUCUUUAAAAUGCUGUUUAAUGAGUUUUUUUGUAGGAAGUAGUCACUUAUAUCACAGAAGAAACUACAGUCCUUGCAAGGACUUACCUUCCUACAUCUAUGUUCAUAUUACUCAAGAUUUCAAAAUUAAAAAAAUAAAAUGAAGUGGGU